UUUAAGUGGCACUACCUAUGAAAGUAGAAUCGAAUGCCAGUAAUGCCAAGGAAUUGCUAGAAAAAUUGCGAUUUUCGAACGAGGCUCGAAUUUAUUUGACAUUACAUGAACAAAAAUAAAAAGAGAAAAACUAAUAACUCAAAGCGCGAAAUUUAUUUCAACAUAGUUUUUUAUUUGUUAAUUAAAUAUGGAUAGUGUAGGAAUUUGGUUUGAUGAGGAGUCAAAUGAAAAUGAGGAAAGAGUUCAACAAAUACAAAGGAGAUGGAUACGAGAUAAUUCCAAUAUAUUGGAGCUCAGCGACAAGAGCUUUGUUCAAAAUUACCGCCUGUCUAAGGAUGCAUUUACAUUCAUAUUAAAUAGCAUUUCCACAGAACUAAAUAUUUCCAGAAGACAAACUUCUGUGCCGAAUAUAAUCAAAUUAUCGGCAACAUUGAAAUUUUUGGCGACAGGCGGAUAUCAAAACCAAAUCGGUGGAGAUAGAUUUGCGGGACUAGCACAACAAACAAUGUCGAAAAUAAUGAGUGAAGUUUUAUCUGUUAUAGAAAAGGUUGUUUGUCCGAAGUUUGAUUUUCAAGUAAUGCAUUUUGUCGCUUUUUUGGUGUAA